GUGGCUUGAUUAUAAUCCAGUUGGCAAGCCGUUGCGAGGAACCUGGCUCCUGCCUGUCAAACUCCCUAUUCCAAAGGUUCCCGUUUUUAUCCCAGUCAACACAGUUCUUAGGAAAAAUCUUUUCAUAUACCAAGGCACCUAUGGUUUACCGACAAUGACCUUCUUAAUUUUUGUUCCGAUCUCGGUCACCCUCUUUCUGCUUUUUACGAGACGUGGCGUCAAAUACGCGAAGAUUUUUGUUGAAGGCCAUGCGAUACCCAGUGCGUCAACGGUAAAAAGGUUUUGUGAAGUCGUCGAUGAAUUCACGGAUGACUGUCCAGGGAAGCUCUCUUUUCUCAUUAUUCUGAUGUUUUUUGUACAAUCUUUAACAAAAUCAAAUGUCUUUGCAGAUGACAUGAUAGCCAUCCAUUGCACUCAUGGUGUCAACCGAACAGGUUAUCUGAUUUGCCGGUAUCUUAUCGACGUCCUCGGGUGGUCUGCGAAUGAAGCCAUUAGUGAAUUUGAACUCGCCCGCGGCUAUCCUAUAGAACGUGACAAUUACCUGGAAGACCUUCGGAGGUGUUAA